AGAGAAGAGACUUUCGAGGUCAUUUCCUCUCCGGACAAAUGAGACAAAGCUGCAAAUUUCAUGUCUAAAACAGGCAAAGGAACAACAGAAAGGAAGAUGAGGAAGACGUUCAUUUGCAACGAGUCAAUGAUCAUCACCAUCCCAAUCGGGAGCCUGAAGAACAUUCAGGAGGGUCAGCUGAUGCCGGAGAACUUCCACUGUGUGUUCAGGGACAACUUCAAGGUGUUUGUUGUUCGAGGAAAGCCUAAACCUCUGGGGGCAGCUCAAGCAAUUGCUGGUGUGUUUAUUUUCGCUCUUGGGUUGAUUUUGCCAUCAUUGGGGAUCCUCAAUUUCACAAUUCCAAGUGUUGUGUUCCUGAUCUCUGGCAUGGUGUCCUUUGCUGCAGGGAAAUGUCCAAACAUGCAUGUGGCCAAGCUGUCAUUCUCCCUGAACAUCAUCAGCUUCUUCUGGUCACUGGUGGCUUUCGGUUUGUGUGUGAACGAGUUUAAUUCACGUCAUCAUCUUGACCAGCAUCAUGUGAGGAUAGCUCAUGGAAUUAUCGGUCUGAUCAUAACUCUGCUGGUGUUUGAAUGUAUGAUGUCUCUCUUCUUGAUCUACUGGCUGAGUAAAGCUGUGUGCAGAGAACAUUUCAACACCUUGCCCAUCAUACUGCUGAAGCAGGAGAACUGAAUGAUGAACGCAGAGCAGAGCCAGGAAUAAUUAACUCCUGUGUACGUUUUUAUUUUGUUGCCUUAAACUUUCUUUGUUUUUUUGCUCAAAAGCAAAUAGCAGGAAGUUCUGUUUAAAAGAACAUGGAGGUAAGAUGUUUCCCAAUACAUCACUGCUAAUAAUCACAGUACGCUAUAGACAACGUGCUUCUGUAAAGUUUCCUUUUUGUUCACCAUACAUGGACUCGUCUUGAUGGUCGUGUGCUAAUUCCGCUGUAUUAGCACAAUUUCUCUCAAACAACUUUACACUUCCUCCAAGUCGUUUUCAGUUUGACCAAAAAUCAAUUUCUUCUAACAAAGUGUAGACAGAAGCUUUAUUUUGUAUUUGGGUUAUUUUAUGUUUUAAAGGUGAAGGACUUGAUAUAAGCCCUUUUCAAGUUAAGUUGCAAGUUACAGAUUAAACUCUGCAGAAGAAUAUCAGUCCUGAAUAAACGUAUUCCGAAUAAUAAAUCACCUCACAUUUUAUAUGCCUCUCUGAUUUUGCCAUAUUUAACAUAUUGUUCAGAGCGGUGGUGAAUUAAUUACAAAAGCUCUUUAUAACUCCUCAGAAUCCUACAGAAACAAGCCAUUAGAAUCAUCCAUAAUGUUGGUAAUAAUGAGCACACAACACCGCUUUUCUUAAAAUCUAGAACUCUUAAAUGUAAAGAACUGGUGGAAGAUCUCAAACUAUGUUUAAGGCGUCAAAUAAACGGCGACUUGAGCUCAUAGAGAGCAUUUUUAUGAAAGAGACGGGGGAUAUAACUGACUCAGACUUAAGGAUUCGUAGUUUACACAAAACAAGAAAGAGCUUUUGUAUUUCAAUUCAUGGUGCAAAAUUAUGGAACAAGUUAAAUGAGGAGUUAAAGUCAAAUUUUAAUACAAUGAAAAAAGGAAAUAUAAGGAGGUAAUUUUCAAAAGAUAUAGAAAUAUGGGUGUUUAUGUAAAUUGAGGCUAAUGCGUGUGAGUGUGUGUGGAUAUGGAUGUAGAUGAAAAAUGAACUAACCUAUGUUUAUUUUUAUUAUUUGAUAUUUUUAUUAUUUGAUUUAAUAACUGGGGUCCAUCAAUGUUAUGAGUUUAUGGGGUAGGAGUUCAUAAGUUUCUUAUUUCUUCCCACAACUUUUUCAGCAAGUUAAGAUUAUUGUGGUAUGAAAAUAUUUGUCUUUUUCAUUCCCUGUUCAUAUGUGUGAUUUUAUACUUCUAUCA